GGUGCUAGAAAAAAUGGCAAGGUUGCAAGGGAAAGCCACAGAAGUGAAUCAAGGGCUGGAGAAUGUGCCUUGCAGUAAGAGACUUGGUGCAGUCCAUUUAUUACAAAGGAAACUGGAAGCUGACUGGAUGGUGAAGCACAUUCACUGGGAGAAAACUCUUGGGGUGAAAGCUCCAUAGCCUAGUAGGCAAAGGCCUGGCAAGAGCCAGUGGAUGAAGUGAAAGCUGGACAGAAUCAAAUUAGAAUUAAGAUACACAGUUUACCAGUGAAAUGACUAACCAGUGGAACAGACCAGCAAGGGGGAUGGAGAACUCCCUGUCUCAGCAAAAGCAAAUGCCAUGUUUGAGUAAGACUGUGUGCCUGCCUGGAAGCCAUGCUUUAGUCACCUACAGUAUUGGGCUCAAUUCAGGGGCAAGAACAUGACAUUCUGUGACCUGUGUUAUGUACAGUCAGACUAUUGGAUCUGGUCGUUCCUUUGUGCUUUAAGAACCUAUGAAUUUCACCUUGGAGGAUCAAGUGGAUCAUUUGUUGGCCCGGAAGGUCAGAGCCUACUCCCUGAACUCCAAGAUCCCUGCCCAGGAGAGGAAGACCAUCCUGGCUGACUUGUCAAGUGAGACACCCCGGGUAAAGCUCCUGUAUCUCACCCCAGAGAUGGCAGCUGCUGCCUCCUUCCAGCCCAUCCUGAACUCCCUAGUGUCCCGAAACCUCUUGUCUUACCUGGUGGUAGAUGAAGCUCACUGCAUCUCCCAGUGGGGGCAUGACUUCCGGCCUGACUACCUACGGCUGGGCUCCUUGCGCUGUCACAUACCUAACACGCCCUGCAUCGCUCUGACGGCCACAGCCACCAAACAGGUCCAGGAUGAUAUUGUGGCAUCUCUUAAACUGAAGCAGCCUAUCGCCACCUUUAAGACUCCCUGCUUCAGGUCCAACUUGUUCUACGAUGUGCAGUUCAAAGAACUCUUGACUGAUUCCUAUGGGAAUUUGAAGGAUUUCUGCCUAAAGGCUCUUGAAGUGGAGAACUCCACAGGGGUAUACUCUGGCUGUGGCAUUGUGUACUGCAGGACAAGAGAAACCUGUGACCAGCUGGCUAUUGAGCUGAGCUACAGAGGAGUGAAAGCCAAGGCCUAUCAUGCAGGACUCAAGGCAGCUGACAGGACUUCAGUUCAGAAUGAGUGGAUGGAGGAGAAGGUCCCAGUCAUUGUUGCAACCAUCAGUUUUGGAAUGGGAGUUGACAAAGCUAACGUCAGAUUUGUUGCCCAUUGGAAUAUUGCCAAGUCAAUGGCUGGGUAUUAUCAGGAGUCUGGAAGAGCUGGGAGAGAUGGGAAGCCAUCUAGGUGCCGUCUCUAUUACUCUAGGGAUGACCGGGAUCAGGUCAGCUACCUGAUCAAGAAGGAGCUCUUUACCAUCCAGGAGAAAAAAGGCACCUUGAAAGAGUCUGAUAAAGCAAUGAUGACAGCUUUUGAUACCAUGGUGACCUUCUGUGAAGAGCUUGGCUGUCGUCAUGCUGCAAUAGCAAAGUACUUCGGAGAUGCCACCCCUCCUUGUAACAAGAGCUGCGAUUACUGUAAGAACCCAGGAGCAGUGAAAAAGCAGCUGGACUCACUAGAGUGCUGCAGCAACAACUGGAGCAAAACCUGCAUCGGACCUGCGGGUUCAUCUCGGGGCACCUACGACCCGGAGCUGUACGAAGGAGGGAGGAGAGGCUACGGAGGCUUUGUCAGGUAUGACGAAGGCAGCGGUGGGAGUGGGGAUGAAGCCGGCGAGGAGAGUCGGAAACGGGAGUGGAACAACUUCUACAAGAAGCAGAUGAGUCUGCGCAAGGGCAGGGAGCCUGAGAAGGAGGCCUUUGUCGCUCCAGACGAAAGCUGCCCCUUGAAGGAUGCCUCCAGCAGAAAGAUCUCCAAACUGACAGUGAAGGCUCGAGAACACUGCUUGAAGAUGUUGGAAGAAGCUCUGAGCAGCAACCAGAAGGCAGCACCAGUAGAAAAUGGGUCAGAUCCUCACACGUGUGCAGUGGAGAUGGAGUAUCAGGUGUUCAGAACCAGUAAAAUGGCCAACUCCUACAAGGCAACCGUGCUCAAGAAGGUAGCAGAAAUCAACAAAGCCUCGAAGGAUGGGGAGUUGUAUUCAGCUGGAACUGGCAACAGCAGCCAUGAAAUUAAGUCAGAAACCUCAGUGGAAGAUGGUUUUCUCCCAGCAUCCCAAGUCUAUUCGUUCAAGCCCAAGCGGGUGGGAGCUGGAUUUCGAAGGGGUUCUGACUUGUUCCAGACAGCUUCAGAACUGCUGAAGACCAAGGAGGAGAGUGAAGCAAAGUUGGUGGAAGAAGAAGAGGAUUGUGCAGGCCCACAAGGCAACCACCCAUGUGAUUCAGGACUGGGUAAUGGAGACACUGGCUUCGAAAAUGAAAAAAAGGUGACCAAAGAAGCAUGCACAAGUGCAGGAGGAGCGGUACAAGUCCCUGAAAACAAGGGACAGCAGCCCAAUGACGAUUCCAAAGUCUCCCUGUGGGACAACCCUACCAAGAAGGCAAAACCCACCAAGAAGCAGCAGCUGCUGGCAGAAGCAGCCAGAAAAGAAUCCCAGGACAUUUCCAAAUUCUUCUCACUUUCCAAAGCAGUGCCAAAAGUCUCAGGACACAUCUUGGCAGAGAGAGACAGCUCUCCUGUGAAUGAACUACCUCAGUCUUCUCUGGAAGAGAAGCAGGACAAGCUAGAACCUCAAAGGAAAGAGACUCAAGAGGACAACAGGGUGUCAGCAGGGAAUGUGCUUGGGCAGUCCCAGACAGAGGACCCUGCGUCAAGGAAGACUGACGGGUUUGAGAGCUCAGAGACCGAACAGGGCUCUGGAUCUGCACCCAUGCAAGCAGAGCAAGAUAGUGAUGCUAAACCCAGUGCUGAAGCUGUUACAGAAGCUGAAAUUGCUCCUGCUGGGGAAAGUCAGAUUGGGAAGAGACCAGGACCAGAGGAGGAUAUGGAGAGCCCCGCAGCAAAGAAGCUGCGGACAGCGGGCAAAUCUUCCAUCUUGUCCCAGCCAGAGGGCAAAGGUGUUGGCCCCGUAAAGAAGAAGGUGACUUUUGAUCCAAGUUUGUCAGAGGUUGAUAAAGAAGGAACCACCAAGACCAUCCAGCCAGUUACCAAAGGCGUGUCCCUCAAGGAGACAGCAGACAUAGUCGUCAAGUAUUUGACCCCGUUUUACAAGGGGGGCAAAUUUGCUUCCAAGGAUCUAUUUAAGGGGUUUGCCCGACACCUCUCUCACUUACUAACUGGAGAGAAGAACCCCAUCCGCAAGACGGUUAAAGAAGAAGCGCAAAGACUCAUCAAGGAGUUUUUCAAAACAAGGGUCAGGUGUGAAAACGAGGCAGACUGGCAGGAGCUGUCCAGCUUGGAGAGAUGAUCCCCUGCUCUUCUGCUGGCUCCAUUCCUGCCUGUGGUCACUGGACUCCAAGGAGUUUCAUGGAGAUGCAGAGGGGAGCUUUCCAGCCCUGCUGCUUUUUGGUUCUUUGAAUCUCUGCCACCUUGGUGGCCCUGACAUCAUCUCUAGGAAAGUGACCCUUGUGGUUUUGCCUGCAGGCAUUCUCCAGCAAUGAAGGGACAAUGCCAUCUUCGUCAGCCCUUGCUUGGAGGUCUGCCAUCGUUAAUGCUGCUCUCCUCAGGUGUUCUGUGAUGCCCCCCACCUCUGCUUCCCACUGUGGUUUGAGAAGGGCUUUAGAACGGCAGGUGGUGAUGGAGAUGGAUGUGGCUGGGAUGCUGCUGCUGCUUCCUGGCAGUGUCCCCCACCCACCCCCCAACUUUAUUUACAUUUUUACCAAAAGAAGCCUUACGCUGAGAUCUCAGCUGCAUGUGUUUUGCUCAGGGUUUGUACUGGUGGGAGAUGACAGCCAUGUUCCUGACACUUAUUCUAAGGGAAAGAGAAAACAGUUCUACCCUGCAGCAGCUAGAACCAGGGGCCCUAGUAGGUCUUUUUUUCAUUUGUGUUCGUUUCUUUUAAGCCUGGAUGUAAUUUAUUGCCAGUAGUUCUGUCUGCCCUUUUAAAUACAAAUUGGGCUUUACUGCCCUAUAAUAGACUGGCUGGCUGCUCUCUCAGUAUUAACCUCCCCAAAUGGUUGUGUUUAUAAGGGGUUGGCAUCAAAGUGGGUGACCUUUUUUUCCCCCCCUUGCAUUUUCCUAAAAGCCAUAAACUAGCUGUGCCUAGCCUAGGGACUGCAAUAUAGAGAGUGAUGCUGACUAGACACCCACUGUUGUGAGUAUGCUAGGAGCUACUCUAUCUGCACAAAGCCCCGAAGUGGAGGGAGACAGUAAGUCUUAACCUGGCUCCCAGGAACAUUGGUGUUUUGUUGGGUUCUGCCUUUGUUUGUCUAGAGAAGAUAGUGCUGCUAGACUGACCCACUGCUUGAGAAGCCAGGAGAGGAAUGAGCUUCAAGUAGCUUGUACCUGGGGAAACUGGGCUUUUUAUAUGUACUGAAGGGUACAUGACAAACUGAUAAUAAAUAUGACUGUUGCUACAGGC